UGAGUGUUUGCUUUUAAUUUUGACAGCUAUUUUUGAUGGUAAUCAAUAUUUCGCGUUCAUGAUUUUAUUGGGAGAUAACGAUUACAGGAAAGAAGAGCAUGUGACGACAAUUGCGGGUGGAUGGAUGAGAAAGCACAUUAAUUCGAUGUUUUCUUUUUUCGUGAUUAUUCGUGGACAUGAAGAGCUAAUCGAGAAUGCUUGUAACUUUACCAUCAUCGUCUCUCUCCUCACCCAUUCGAAUUCGGGCUUAGUUCUUUCUGCCAUGCCCCCCGCAGCUAAGAAGUCUCAUCCUACUCACCUUGAGAUGGUCGGAGAAGCAAUCGGUUCUCUCAAAGAGAGAACCGGAUCGAGCCCGCAUGCGAUCGCCAAGUUCAUUGAGGGCAAGCACAAGACUAAGCUUCCUUCUAAUUUCAAGCUUCUUCUCGUCCAGUUGAAGAAACUUACCGCUGGCGGUGAGCUCACCAAGAUCAAGAACUCCUACAAACUCUCCUCUGCGCCGAGUUGUACGGUAGCUGUACGAUUGACUGGUUAUCCCAGAAUUAGCAUGCUAGCUAGUAGGGGUGCAUUCGGUCCGGAUACGGCUCGGAUAUGAUGCUUAUCAUAUCCAUAUCCGCUUACCCAUCUCGGAUACG